UAUAUCUCCACAUUUAUACCAAAUUUAGAAGUACUUUAGUUCUCUCACUGUUUAGUUCUAUCAACUUUUUCGUUUUUUUGUUUUGUAGUAUUUUUUUUUUUGUAAGUGAAAUUUCUAGUUUUAAUGGCGGAUCAAAAGAAGGCGGCCUCUUUUAAUGUACUUCCAAAGAUCAUCAAUGGCGGAAUCGCAGGCAUCAUUGGAGUGACCUGUGUGUUCCCCAUGGAUUUGGUCAAGACUCGAUUGCAGAAUCAACAAAUAGGACCUAAUGGCGAGAAGAUGUACAGUAGCAUCAUUGAUUGCUUUCGCAAGACCAUCAAACAAGAUGGAUUCUUUGGCAUGUACAGGGGGUCUGCAGUCAAUAUAUUAUUGGUUACGCCUGAAAAAGCCAUCAAGUUGGCGGCCAAUGAUUAUUUUCGGUACCACUUGGCCACGCCCGAGGGUAAGCUGCCGUUGCAUAUGGCGGGAAUAGCCGGUGGCUUGGCUGGGCUGUUUCAGAUCAUUGUGACAACGCCCAUGGAGCUGCUCAAGAUCCAGAUGCAAGAUGCGGGACGCAUUGCUAGCGCAGAACGUGCCGCCGGUAGGGAAGUGCAAAAAACAACAGCGCUGGAUGUGGCCAAAACGCUGGUCAAAGAGCAUGGCAUCUUUGGUCUGUACAAGGGUGUGAAAGCCACUGGAGUGCGGGAUGUAGUUUUUUCGGUGGUCUACUUCCCAAUGAUGGCUUCCAUCAAUGAUGCUGGGCCCCGCAAGGCAGAUAAUUCUGGUGAAGCGGUCUUCUAUUGGUCUUUGUUCGCCGGUCUGUCUGCUGGGAUGUUUUCUGCUCUUCUGGUCACGCCCUUCGACGUGAUCAAAACCCGCCUGCAGGCUAUCAAGAAGAUCGAAGGCGAGAAGGAGUUUGAUGGCUUCUUUGACUGUUUGACCAAGACUAUGAAGUAUGAGGGACCCUUGGCCUUCUUCAAGGGCGGUUUGUGUCGUGUUAUGGUCAUUGCCCCGAUGUUUGGCAUUGCCCAGAUGGUGUACUUUACCGGCGUGGGCGAGAUGAUUCUGGGUAUCGAAAGGAAGAAGAGUGUUUAGUUGCAGUGUAGUCAGUGUAUGAAUAAAUUUGAUGUGUAUUUGUGUA